AUGAUUACCGAGUACGAAUACGAUUUUGUUAUUCUUGGAACGGGGCUAGUAGAGUGUGCGGUUGGAUGUAUCUUGGCUGGAAAGAAUAAAAAAGUUAUUCUAAUAGAUAGGAAUCCGAUGUACGGAUCGGAUUUUGCAACGCUGAGAUACACAGAAUUAGAGACGUACUUUCGGAGCUCAAACAUGGUCCCCGAACUGAAAACCUAUGAUUCCGAAUUUUCGGUUGAUCUUACUCCGAAGCUGUUCCUUGCGGAUAGUAAGAUGCUGAAGAUGCUAGUCAGGUAUGGGAUUGAUGAAUAUUUAGAGUUCUGUAGAAUUCCCGGAUCUUUUCUAUGGAAAAGAAAGCUAUAUUCUGUCCCGACGAACGAGGCUCAGUCCAUGACCACUGGGCUUAUAGGAAUAUGGCAAAAGCCAAAAGUCAUGAGGUUUUUUUGGAAUGUCCGGGACUAUGCAAGAGCCGCAAUGAAGGGCAAGUCUUAUCAAUUCAAGAGUACUAUGAGAGAAGAAUUCAAGGAGUAUGGACUUACGGAAGAAUCGAUGGAACUUAUAGGGCAUGGAAUAGCCUUGAAUCUUGACGAUUCCUAUCUGGACAGACAUCCCAAAGAGACGUUUGAUAAGAUCUUAACGUACGUAAGGUCUAUUAUAUGCUAUGAAAACUCGAUGGAGUCACCUUAUUUAUAUCCAAGAUAUGGGCUUUCUGAAAUUGCUCAGGGAUUUGCGCGAAGUUGCUGUACAAAGGGAGGGGAGAUAAUGAUAAAUGCGGAGAUGCUGGAAAUCGAUGAAGCAAAGAUGGAGUUGUUAGUUCGAGAACCUGUCAACAAAGAAAUCUUGAAAAUAAAGGCAGGAAAGAUAAUUUCAGAUCAGUCCUAUUUCCAGAAAAGUGUUGUUUUAUAUGAAGUUAUAAGAGGAAUAUGUAUAGUACGAGGGGAUUCGGUUGAUAUAACAAAGGGAGCUUCUUCAGCCCAGGUGAUCUUCCUAAAAGGAGAGCUUGGAAGGAAGAAUGACAUCUUUGUUGUUGUAUUGGGAUCUGAGGAGAAGUCUACGCCUGAAGGCUAUAAGGCGGUUAUUAUAAGUACUGUGAGAGAAACAGAUAAUCCUGAGAAAGAGAUAGAGGUUGUUUUGGAGAGGUUGGGGGAUGUUGUAAGGUACUUCAUUGAUGUAAAGCCGGUAUACGAAGCGGAAGACAUGGAGAAUAUAGUUUUUACAAAGGGUGUGGACGAAUCCCCCCACUUUGAGGACAUUUAUGAAGAGAUAGAAAGGAUUUGCAAAAAGCUAGACGUUUGUUGA